CAGAAUGCACCCGGUUGAAAACAAAAUCCCACGUGACUGACUCUCCUCUCAGGCCAUCAUGGCGUCUCCCAGUGGGAAGGGAGCCCGGGCGCCGGAGGCUCCUGGCUGCGGGCCCCGGCCGCUCGCCCGGGACCUGGUGGACUCCGUGGACGACGCGGAGGGGUUGUACGUGGCUGUGGAGCGCUGCCCGCUGUGCAACACUACCCGCCGGCGGCUGACCUGUGCCAAAUGCAUUCAGAGCGGCGAUUUCGUCUACUUCGACGGCCGCGACCGGGAGAGGUUUAUUGACAAGCAGGAAAGGUUAAGCCGACUUAAGAGCAAGCAAGAAGAAUUUCAGAAAGAAGUGUUAAAAGCUAUGGAAGGAAAAUGGAUAACAGAUCAGUUGAGAUGGAAAAUAAUGUCCUGCAAGAUGAGGAUUGAGCAGUUAAAACAAACAAUAUGUAAAGGAAACGAAGAAAUGGAGAAAAAUUCUGAAGGCCUUCUCAAAACCAAGGAAAAGAAUCAGAAGCUUUACAGUCGAGCACAACGGCACCAAGAGAAAAAGGAGAAGAUUCAGAGGCAUAAUCGCAAACUUGGUGACCUGGUAGAAAAAAAGACCAUUGACUUAAGAAGUCAUUAUGAGCGUCUGGCAAAUCUUCGACGAUCCCAUAUAUUAGAGCUCACCUCUGUCAUUUUUCCAAUCGAGGAAGUAAAGACUGGUGUGAGAGACCCCGCAGAUGUGUCUUCAGAGAGUGACAAUGCCAUGACCUCCAGCACUGUGAGCAAGCUUGCUGAAGCCCGGAGGACAACUUACCUCUCAGGACGAUGGGUCUGUGACGAUCACAACGGAGACACCAGCAUUAGCAUUACAGGGCCUUGGAUUAGCCUUCCUAACAAUGGGGACUACUCUGCCUACUACAGCUGGGUGGAGGAGAAGAAAACAACCCAGGGGCCCGACAUGGAGCAGAGUAACCCUGCCUACACCAUCAGUGCUGCGCUGUGCUAUGCAACUCAGCUGGUCAACAUUCUGUCUCAUAUACUUGAUGUAAAUCUUCCCAAAAAGCUCUGCAACAGUGAAUUUUGUGGCGAAAAUCUAAGCAAGCAGAAAUUUACUCGAGCAGUGAAGAAACUGAAUGCAAAUAUUCUUUACCUUUGUUUUUCUCAGCAUGUAAAUUUAGAUCAAUUACAACCACUGCAUACCCUCAGGAAUCUAAUGUACCUGGUCAGUCCGAGCUCUGAACACCUAGGCAGGUCAGGGCCCUUUGAAGUACGAGCAGACCUUGAGGAGUCCAUGGAAUUUGUGGAUCCCGGAGUUGCUGGAGAAUCAGAUGAGAGCGGAGAUGAGCGUGUCAGCGAUGAAGAAACCGACCUGGGCACAGACUGGGAGAACUUGCCUAGUCCCCGGUUUUGUGAUAUCCCUUCCCAGUCUGUGGAAGUCUCCCAGAGUCAGAGCACCCAGGCGUCCCCACCCAUCGCGAGCAGCAGUGCAGGUGGGAUGAUCUCCUCUGCAGCAGCCUCGGUGACCUCCUGGUUUAAAGCUUACACUGGACACCGUUAACGAGCAUGGACCAAAACAUGCCAAAUCUGCAUCAAGAAAGUUCUUUUCCCACUACACUCUAGUAAACAUUUUCUGUUUAAGUUAAGAUAGUGCCUGGAACAAAGAGGUUAAAGUGGUUUUUUUUUUUUAAGCAGGGAGACAAACAUUUCUAUUUGUCAAGUGGCCUACAAUGGUGACCAACAUGCUUAUGAUAAUAGAACAGGGGUCGAAGGUCUUUCUACCCAGACCAGUGUUGGUGGAAGGAGGACCUGUGCGUGUGGCCAGUUCUGCCAAGGAAGCAGUUGAUUUGGGUUCCCUCUGGGCCCGGGCCACUGGGCCCACAGACAUGGGUCAGCGUGCCGGUCCUUGCGGUGCUGAGACUGUUCCUGACACUUUAAGUUUUAGAGGUUGGUUGAAUCACAAGAGGUGAUUCUUGAUGAUUAGGACAUGAAAGAUAAAAGCUCUUUAAUAAGAGUUUUUCUGCCAUUGUUUUUUGUAUGAGAACCAGCAGGCAAUUUGAAAUUUCUUUCUAAUUUGGUCCUUUGAUUUUGUUUGGGAGAAGUGAGUUACAUGUAUUUUAUUCAUGCUGCUCUGUCGUAGUUUGUCAGACAUUCCUGUUUUUCUUUCCCCCACACACCAAAGAAAGUGAAAGUCUUUUUCUUUAGGACCCACAUCCAUAAAUGGAAGAAAUCCUGGCUGCAAUAAUGUCGAGAGUUUUUAACUAUUUUCUUGUAUUCUGAAGGGAAUUAAGCUUAUUCUUACCUAGUUGAUUGAAUUCCUGCCAUCCACACUAUGAGCAUUUUGAAAUUGAACUUAUCUUUUCUGGGUGAAAAUAAGUCAUGAAGGUCAUUCCCUUAUGUAAGCUCAAUGCCUGUCUGGGCACAGGGGAAAAGCCACUUAGUUAAGUGGCCUCUGGUCAUUCUUGUGGUAUCCACUUUCUUUCUAUGGGAGUGAGUAGGUGGCAGGUGUUUUCAGGGGAAACCAUCCUGCUUGUUUCCCCGAACUCUUUGUUGCUCUGAGGACACAGCUUUGCUCAGAAAUGCAGCACAGAUCCUUACGGCUGACGCUGCUCUGCUCUGUUCUGGGGAAAGCACAACAUAAAUAAUUUCCCAGCCGGACGCAGUGGCUCAUGCCUGUAAUCCCAGCACUUUGGGAGGCCGAGGCGGGCGGAUCUCUUGAGGUCAGGAGUUCAAGAGCAGCCUGGCUAACAUGGUGAAACCCUGUUUCUACCAAAAAUACAAAAAAUUACCGGGCGUGGUGGCGCAUGCCUGUAAUCUCAGCUACUCGGGAGGCUGCGGCAGGAGAAUCGCUUGAACCAGGAGGCAGAGGUUGCAGUGAACCGAGAUUGUGCCAUUGCACUCCAGCCUGGGCAACAAGAGCGAAACUCCGUCUCAAAAAAAAAAAAAAAAAAGAAUUUCCCUCACCAGGAGAUCAUUUUCAGCUCAUGUGUCUUGUCAUUCUUUUAGUGACAAUCUUACAAGAAAACUAUAAGGAGGCAUUAUGUACAAAUAUGUAAGUAGUUUAUUUUUAAUAAUUGUAAAAAAUCCUAUGUAACAACUACCAAAAGAAAUCCUAUGAGAGUCCUAACAGGCAUUAUUACCAUAUCUUAUGUGAUUGGCAUGAUAGCACCUCUGAUAAAUCAUUCAGAGGUUUGCCAUGCCCCAGCUUCUUUUCUCAUAAUGAUAAUUAUAGUUGAUACUUUGCCUCCAAGUCCAGGGUGCUAUAUAGCUUUUGCUAAUGGUAUAUUUGGUGUUUGGUAUAGUUUUGGGUAGAGUUACAGAAGGGAGAGUUUAUUUCUAUCCGGUAGUCACAAAUUCCUUGGCUCUAUGAAUUUUCCAUGAAAGGAGGAAGUAGGCUUUUCUCGUUGUGGGUAGUCUUUUUUUUUUUUUUUUUUGGAGACAGAAUCUUGCUCAGCUGCCCAGGCUGGAGUGCAGUGGCACCAUCUCGGCUCACUGCAACCGCCAUCUCCUGGGUUCAAGCGAUUCUCCCGGCUCAACCUCCCGAGUAGCUGGGAUUAUAGGCACCCGCCAUCAUGCCCAGCUAAUUUUUGUAUUUUAGUAAAGACAGGGUUUUCACCAUGUUGGCCAGGCUGGUCUUAAACUCCUGACUUCAGGUGAUCCGCUUGCCUUGGCCUCCUAAAGUGCUAGGAUUACAGGCGUGAGCCACUGCGCCCGGCCCCUUGUGGGUUCUUCUACACUGCUGGGAUCUCUGUUUUAAGUGCUCAGCUUCAUGAUUGAUUGCUGGGUUUCCAUUUUCCCAUCCAGUUCUGGAGUUCGUAGAGAGUGAAGAUGGUAGGCUUGAACAGAUACCAAAUAAACUUACGAUCUUGUAAGAGUUGUCUAGCUACUUAAAACCCUCAGAAGUAAGAGCUUACUCUCACGAGUUGUAAGAGUGGGAUUUGGAGCUUGGUGGUGGAGAUUGACUUCAACUGAGAGAUGCGCAAUAGUCAUGGUUUUCUUAAGCCUCUUAUGAAACCAUGAAUGUGAGAUGAAGCUAAAUAGAAUAGAAUCCAGAGAUCACAAACUCAUCUAGAGUACUUCCACAAAAUUUACAAAGAUGUGGGAACUUUAGGGAUAGGAUAUAUUUUGUUGUUAAUAUCAACUAGAGGCACUUUACGUAGGGUUAAAUGAUCGAACCCUUUUGUGGUUUUGAAACACCAACAUACUGGCUUACACUGCUGAAAUAUUUUGGGUUUCAUUAUUUUGCACUGGAUCCACCCUGUAAAUACUCUUAAGUAUACAUUUCAACCACUGUUUUUUCUACUCUUUUUGCUGCUCAUUAAAAUCUUUCAUGUAGGUGCCAGAACCUUAUGUAAACAGCUUUUUAAAAAAUUGAAGCUGGUAUUUUGUUUAAACAAAAAGCCAUAGAACUUGGUCAUGUUUUCCAUUUUAAAAUGAUUUAUUGAAACAAGGUAAUACUAAUAAAAACCCACAGGCACCAAACAGGCUGCUUAAAAUGGUCUGUUAAAGACAUUUUUUGGUUAUGGAAUAUAACUAAGAAAAGUUUUGCACAUCUGUAAGGGGGAAAAACAGUAUAUGACCAUUGGGUAGAGUGGACGGGACUCAUGUAAGGACUCACUUAAUUUGGAGAAGAGCAUUCAGUGGCAUGCUGUUAGAGGACUAGUGUCUGAGAAUCUCCUCACAGUAUCAUGUUGCAGGAAUUCCUCAUUGCUCUGCAACUUCCAAACCAGUUUGAGUCAUACAAAUGUUUUCUAAACUUUUAUUGUAUUACUGCAAUAAAUCUUUUAACAGUA